UCCGGGCACUUGAGGAAUGUUGUUUAGGAUACAGUAAUGGCGGCGGGAGACGACUCGGAGAUUCCUGAGUCUGGAGCAAUUUUCACAUUUGGAAAAUCCCGAUUUGGGGACAAUUUACCAAACAAAUUCUGGGUCCGAGGUGACAAGGCCAAGUCUGUGGCCUGUGGAGAUGAACACACAGCGUUAGUCACAGAGAGUGGUCGGCUCUUCACAUUUGGGGUCAACGAUUGGGGUCAACUGGGAAUUGACGAGGUCAAAGUGUCGACCAGACCAUGCUGCGUCAAAAAGCUGAAACCUGAGAAAGUGAAAGUGGUAGCAUGUGGAAGAAUUCACACGAUAGUAGCCACGGAGUCUGGCUGUCUGUAUACUUUUGGUGCUAAUGGAGACGGUCAGUUAGGGGUGGAGGAUAUCCCGAGCAGUAACUGUCCAGUUAAAGUGGAGUGUGAACCACGGCAGUACAAAGCACUGGCUGCAGGGGCAGAUCACUCUGUGGCACUCACAGAUGACGGAGAGCUAUACGUGUGGGGAGGUGGCAGUGAGGGGCAGCUCGGCCUGGGGGACAUCGAUGACAAAUCCACUCCCACUCUCCUCAGUACAGACAACAAAGUCAUCAGUGUGGCCUGUGGUUACUAUCACACAGCAUUUGUUACAGAUGUUGGUGAGGUGUUUACUUUUGGGGAGGGUGACGGAGGGAAGCUAGGCCAAGGCACAGACUAUGGAAAAGCUGUAGCACCCAAGAAAGUGAACAUUCCCGAGAAAGCCAAGUCAGUGGCCUGUGGGGGGUCACACACAGUGGUAUUAACAGAGUGUGGGAAAGUUUAUACUUUUGGAGAGGGAGGUAACGGACAACUAGGACACAAAAACAAGUACUUCUACUGUGAGACCCCGGUCUGGCUCAAUUUUAAGCACAAGGUCACACAAAUAGCAGCAGGAGAAAACCACACAGCGUUAGUCACAGAGAAAGGGCAGCUUUACACAUUUGGAGAUGGUCGCCAUGCCAAGUUAGGCCUCGACCAUGAAUGCUACUCAAACCAGUACUUCCCCCAGAGAUCAAAGAGAUUCAGCAAGUUUAUUGUCACUCAGGUGUCGUGUGGAGGAUGUCACAUGAUUGUCUUGGCCUACCCUCGCCUCCAGAAUGGAGAGGUAGACUCCACCUCAUCAAACGAGGAGGAUGAAAACGAGAACCUACACAAAACCAACCUCAACCACUCCAUCAAGAUGGACGGUACCGUGGAUCUAGGCGGAAGCUUCGGGGCGCGGGAUAGGAGGCGCCAGGAGUCCAUCAAACGGGCACCGUCAUUGAAUAGGACUCUACCUGCUCUCACCAACAACGCAAAAACAUUGGAAUCACUCAGUGCAACCCAUCCCCCUAAACCCUCACCCCAGGGGAAGAGACCUCUCCCUCAGGCAGUUAAACCAGAGGAAAAGAAAGCAAAGCCUGAGGAGGAAUCCAGUGAGGAAUCGGAGGAAAGCGAGGAAGAAGAGGCUGAGGUCAAGGCUGUUCCUGAAAGUGAAAGUAAACCUGUCCCAAAGCCCCGACCGUUGCCUAGGAAACAAGAUGAGGAAGAGACAAAGUCUGCUAAGUCUGAUGAUGAGGAAGCUGAAGAAACGUCUCCUGAAACCAAAGAAGACAAAGAGGAAUCAAAAGACUCAGAGGAGAGUGAGGAAGAGCCCGAGCCCGAGCCCAGCCAAUCAGAAUCCCCUGGUGCUGAAGUCAGCCAAUCAGCUUCUCCUGAAGAUGAAUCUAACCAAUCAGAAAAAGACAAGGAAGCCAUCCCAUCAGAAACAAAAGAAUCUGUUAGUCUUGUGAAGAAAGAAGAGAGUGAAGAAGAAAGUGAAGAAGAAGAGGAGGAGGAAGAAACAGUGAAGGCCACUAAAGUGACAUCUUCCAGGGCAAUGCCAGAAAUUCCUGUUCCAAAACCCAGAGCAGGAAAAACCCAGGAGAGCGAAGAAGAAGAAGAAGAAGAAGAGGAAAAGAAAGAAACGAAGGAAAAAGAUAAAAAGAAAGAUAAGAAAAAAGGAAAGAAAGACCUAAAUGUGUUUGGAAAAGUGUCCACUGGUUUGUCUGAUGAUGAAGAGGGAGAGGAGGAGGAAGAGCAGGAAGAAGAGGAAGAGGAGAAAGAAGAAGAAAAGGAAGGCAAGAAGAAGAAAGAUAAAAAGAAAGACAAGAAGAAAGAUAAGAAGGAUAAGAAGAAAGACAAAAAAGAUAAGAAGAAAGACAAAAAGAAGAAGAAAGGAGAUGAAGAUGAGGAAGAAGAAGAAAAAGAGGAGGAAGAGGAAGCAGAUGAAGAAGAGGAGGAGAAAACAAAAGGAGGAAAGAAGAAGGACAAGAAGAAAGACAAAAAAGAGAAAGAUAAAAAGAAGGACAAAAAGAAAGACAAAAAAGACAAGAAGAAAAAGAAAGGUGAAAAAGAGGAGGAGGAAGAGGAUGACGAGGAGAAGGAUGAUGGAGAGACAGAGGAAGGGAAGAAGAGUGAAGGAGAGGAAGGAAAGAAGAGCGAAGGGGAGGAGGAUGAAGAUAAGGAUGAUGGGGACAAAGAAGAGAAAGAGAAAGAUAAGAAAGAACCCGCCAAAAAGACAGAGAAGAAGUCCAGCACCUGUACGAUAUUAUGACGGAGCUGUAUGCGACCUUCAAUAGGAGAGCUGUACAAAGAAAGAUAACUCUGUCCCUGCUAGUGAACCCGCAUCCAGUCCAAGGGAGAUAAGCCUAGUCGAGAAAUGGCUAGAACAACACUCCAUCAAUUGUUAGAUCCGCCACAGCAGCUGUUAGUUCUAAUAUGUAUACAGAUAUGUUUAUUUAUUAUUAUCAGGUGUUUUGACAGUUUUAGAUAUUUAUUUCUUGUCAGAAGUUCUGGCUAUAUGUAGCAUUGCUUUCCAUUAUGACUGUUUUGACCUGUAUUUGGCACCAGUCAGGAACAAGCCAUUAUCAGAAAAAAAAAUCUGUGUAGUUCCAUUUAUCAAAAAAAUUGGUGAAGCAUAUAUCAUGGAGUUGUUGUUUAAUUAGGUAUUGUAUGGUUUCAAGUAUGUAUAUAUGUAUAUUUAAUGUAUUAUCAUGAGUUGAUUUAAAAUUUCAUAUUUAAGUGGUAUUAUGUGAUGAAGGUAUUAUUAGGGAAUUGUAACAUGUUAACAUAAUUAUGACCAACAUAAUUAUGACCAGUCCAUUGAGGUGGAACAUAUAUGUGAGGGGUGUACUGUUUAUGAGUUUAAAUUUAAUCUAUUCCCUGCAGUCAAAUUUAGCAGGGCAUUAUUUUUUUUAUUUUUUUUUUCAAUUGAAGAUUACAGAUAAAUGAUGAUACAACUAUUUUCUUUCGAAGCAUGUCAGUUGAUUAACUUGUGUGUACACAAAGAUACAAGUUUGAGUGGAAUAUUUAUAAUAUUUACAAGCUUGGAAAAACUACCUUAAUACCUAUUAUGAGUAUAGUAUAAAGUGAAAAAUAUAAAUGAAUGAUAUCUAUGACAUUCAUGUUACGGUAUACAGUAAAACAAGGUUAUAGUUUAGCAUCAAAGACAAGUUAUAUUCAUUUGGUUCAUUAUAAACAAAACUUGUUACAUCUAAUCAGCUUUCAAAACAUUUUGGAUUUGGAGAAUGAACUGACUUCACUGUAAUAGGGAGUUCUUUACAUGUGGGUUUGCUGUAACACUGUUCUGCUGUACAAGGAAAGAGAUACAUGUACACUAUAAUAGCUAAUACAUGUUCAGGCUUUUAUAACAAAUGUACUUAAAGGAAUAAUAUAAUGGUACAUGUAAUGGUUGAAAAAAAUAUUCUGCAUCUUUUAUUUUUUUUUUUGGAUAUAGGUGUGACUGCAUUCAUGAUAUAUUUUUUGAUUCGUGUACUGUUAAAAACAUUAUAUGAAUUUAUUGAUAUUCAUUGACACUUGCAAUUAUGAGUAAGAAUUUUACCUUGGUAUAAAAAAGAGCAGCGUUUCAAAAGAAUCUCUAAAAAAAUAUAUAUAUAAUAUAUAUAACUAUAUGAAAUUGCCAGAAUCCGUCCCAAAAUUGUUGUGUUUAAUUAUAUAAUACAUGACUCAUGCUGAGAACUGUAUUUUGUUUUAUUAGUUGUGUUGUUUUAUGUAAAUUCAUAAUGCCACGCAGAUCAAGUUUGAAAUGUGGGGAUUUACACCUGGCUGGGUGGUGUGAGUGUGAUGGGGCAUGGGGAGGGGGUUGGGGGUGUCAAAAUUAUAUGUAUUAGGUACUGAGAGAUUACUGUCAGUAUAGGUUAAAUGAUGAGUGGAUUCAAAAAUUUUACCAGGGGUGGUCAAAGCAAUUGAGGCCUUUUUUUUGAACAUUUUACAAUCAUGUGAAUUUAUGAGUUUGUUAAGUUUGUGUUUUUUGGGAUUGUUUUUUUUUUUU